AUCGCAAACCGAGCGGACCGAUCGUACCGUAACGAUCAUCAUCCAUUCGACCCAACUACGUGUGCUAAAGGCACGUGAAUCUCUCGCAUAUAUAACGAACAUACACCGCAACGGCAACAAUGGCACCGAACGUGCUCGGCAACACGAUACUACUGGCGGAGGCCUGUAUCGAGCAGGAGGAUCGAAAUAACAACAAUGCACCGGUUGGCACACAGCAGUACAAGAACAAAUCCUUCCUGAACGUACCACCGAAACCGACACCAGUUACAGAAGAUAUAAAGCCAAAGGAUGUCGCGAAGGUGCAGGGUACGAGUACGGGACGCCACUAUCAUCAUGUGUACGUGUGGCGAAACAUUAUCGCUUUCAUCUAUCUGCAUCUUGGCUUUCUGUACGGCAGUUAUCUGUUGGUAACAUCGGCCAAGUGGAGCACAUUUUUCUUGGCACUCAGCUUGGGCUCGUGUGGCGCCCUUGGCAUUACGGCCGGAGCGCACCGGCUCUGGUCGCACCGGGCGUACAAGGCGAAGUGGCCGCUCCGGCUGUUCCUGAUGCUAGCGCAAACGCUAGCCUUCCAGAACAGCGUGUACGAGUGGGUGCGGGAUCACCGUGUCCAUCACAAGUUCACCGAUACCGAUGCGGACCCGCACAAUGCGACCCGCGGCUUCUUCUUCUCGCACAUCGGCUGGCUGAUGGUGAAGAAGCACCCGGACGUGAAGGGGCGCGGCCGGGCGGUGGAUAUGGCCGACCUGGAGCAGGACGGGAUCGUGAUGUUCCAGAAGCGCUACUACGCGGUCCUGAUGCCACUGUUCUGCUUCGUCCUGCCGACCUUUCUCGCCUACUACUACCUGGACGAAACGUUCUCGAACGCCUGGUACGUGGUCGCCAUCUUCCGGUACGUGCUAUCGCUCAACGCAACCUGGCUGGUGAACAGUGCGGCCCACAUCUGGGGCACGAAACCGUACGACCGCAACAUCUCGCCGACCAACAAUACGUUCGUGGCGGUUGCAGCCUACGGCGAGGGUUGGCACAACUACCACCAUGUGUUCCCGUGGGAUUACAAAACGUCCGAGCUCGGUACGUACAGCACCAACUUCACGACCGCCGCGAUUGACCUGUUCGCCCGGAUCGGGUGGGCGUACGAUCUGAAGUCGGUGUCGGACGACCUGAUACGGAAGCGCGUGCUGCGGACCGGCGACGGGACGCACCAGUACAGCGAGCAGGAACUGCACGCCCGCAUGGUGGACUACAUCAACCAGCUCGACCAUGAGUCGGAGCAGGCGGUGUGGGGCUGGGACGACAAGGAUAUGAACGAGGAGGAUCGCCAGGAUGCCACCGUUAGGAAUAAGGUCGACUAGUUGUCACCGGUCAGCCAGGGUACCGAUAGGAGUCUGGAUAGGAAUGGUUUUGCACCACAGCGCAGCACACACGCUCGAUGAGCGGUAACGGUGGCCAGCGUGCAGUUGGCCUACCAAUGGGGAACAAAGCACUGGGGCAGUGUUACGUUAUGUUUAAACUAUAUUUGUUUUUAAAAGUUUCUGUCCUUCCGUAUUCCUCUCACACACACACACAAACACACUCACUGUUUUCUUUGCUGAGCGAUAUAUAUAUGUAUGUAUGUAGGUAAAAAAAAAGAACCUUAGUGUGCGUUCGUAACGUGGCCAGAAACGCUAAAAACCGCUUCGAUUUGAGCUUAUGAGUUUGGUUUGUUUUUAGAAUCUCACCACCACCCCCUCCACGGGUGGGUAACCCGUGGCCCUAGGAGGGUUGCACCGCCCGAUGGUGGUGCGAGAGCUUUUAUCUUGCAGAAUGCGGCAGGGUGAAAAAUAAGGCAAAUCGAAACGUGCGAAACAACAACCAAUGACCAAUUUGCGACAAAAACAAGUGAAUGAUAAUGGGACAGAAGAAUGUCCUUUAGAGGAGUGGUAAGCAUGGGAGCCUUAGACGAGAGUUCCAUAGAGAGAUCGCACCAGGAAACGAACCAGGAAAAAGAAAGGGAGCAAAAAAGAAAAAAGCAAUAGUGUCGCGUUUAUUUAUUUGUCUAUCGCUAUCAUAGUAUUUAGAGCUUAAGGUUGGAAUUAAAUAAAAGACCACAAACUA